AUGGCUGAAGAGGAAUGCCAGCGGUUUUUCGCCCUAUCAAAACGUGUUCCCAAAGAUGUAAAACGUUACUGUGGUAUUUGUCGUCAACACGGUGUAAUGUUGGAGACGAGAGGCCAUACUUGCCAGUUUAAGGAUUGCAACUGUACUAAAGUAAGUUUUUUCGAUCUGAAAAUUUUGAAUUUUACUAUAAAACUUCAUUUUUUAUUUAAUUUUUGUAUAAAAUUUAAAAAAUAAAGAAAAAAUUUGAAUUUCAUAUUUUGCGCCAAAUCUUGGCAUUGUGUUUUAAGGGUCUUUUAGUGCUAAAAAAGAUAUUGUUUGACUUAAUAUGUUAGGAUAACUUUAUUUUGUACCAAAAUUUAAACUUUUUUUACAAAAUAUUUAAAUUUCUAUUUUUCCGCCAAACUUUGGCAUUCUGUGUUAAUGCCAUUUUUGAUUGUUUUUAGACAAUUACUUUGAAGUUAUUUAAAAAAAACCAAUUUUUAUGAUCAGAAAAAUUAUUUUUCUUAUUUAUUUGCAACAAAUUUACUUCAUUUUGAAUAAAAAACAUCAAAAAACGGCCAAAAACUUACGAAUGAAGCCAUUUCCACAUGACAUUUUAGUUGUUUAGUCACAUGUAGAACAAGUUGAACCUUUACGAAUCUUGGCCUUGGUCCAUUUUGCUUUUAAAAACGUAAAAACUUUCCAAUAAGCUCAUUUUUUCUUUUCAAAUUUUUAAAAAUUUCAAAAAAAGUGGAAUAUUUUGACUAAUUUUCGUAUUCAUCUACCUUACUAUCUCUUACCUACCCCUUUUAUAGCUCUUUAAGACAUGUUUCGAUUUUCUUUAACAUCACAAAGAUGAAGUAAAUUUUGUUGCAAAUUUCAAAAAUUUAAAAAAUUUCAAUGCCCGGGUCCAAAAAUCUAUAGAAAGUUGAAAAGUAAAGCACCUACUAUUAUGUGUAGAUGUAUACGGUGUAGUUACCUUGUUAUUGUGAGUAAUUUGAGCGAUUUUUGGUUUGGACAUUAGUAACGGAAGGGAGUACGAGCUAUUGGCAUGGGAAACAUUAAAGUGUAUAAAACAUAUAUUAGAGUGUGUGGAAGAUAUACAUAUUAAAGAGUCUGAAACACAUAUUAAGGUGUAUAAAACAUACAUGAACAUAAAGCAUAUAUGUAGCAAUUGUGAACAGAUAAAAAAUUGGUUUUUGCUAUUUUUUGUCUUGUAAAGAAAGUUCUUGCCAUGUUAGAAUAACUACAUUAAAAUUAAAAACGGAAAUACAAAUUUUGAAGUUUUUGACGAAAUGCCACAAAAAUUAUAGCUUUUUGACGAAAUGCCACAAAAAUUAUAGGUUUUUGACGAAAUGCCACAAUUGUAUUGGAUUUCGAAGAACUAAGAAAAAUAAUAAUUGUAAAGAAAGAUCUUGCUAUUUAUUGUUUUGUAAAGAAAGUUCUUGCCAUUUUUUGUUUUGUAAAGAAAGUGCUUGCCAUUUAAUUCUUUGUAAUGAAAAUCCUUACCAUUCUCCCUUUUGUAAACAAAAUUCCUGCAAAUUGUUGAUUUUGCAACACCCUCAUUAAUCGUCCAGAAUACUUUGUACUUUUAUGCCCUAUUAAGAUCUAAUGUUCAAAAUAAUGUCUUCCGUUUCAAAUUUGCAUAUACUAUAAUUACCGUGUCUUCCGCUAUUAACCGAGGUUACCUGUUUUUAACUAUGUAUCAAGUCAAAAAUUGUUACUAAUGUGUCAAUAAGCCAAUUUAACCAGCCAAAGUGGUUUCUUUAAUAGUGCUUUGUGUUCUUGUUAGUAUAGUUUAUACAUCCUGUGUGGGAUAUAUUAUUUCAUGAAAACGUGCUAGAACUUUCUUUACAAACCAAAGAAUGACAAGAACUUUGUUUGCAAAACAAAAUUGGCAGAAAAUUACUAAAAAGUUGAUAAAAAACAACAGCUUCGCAAGAUUUCAAAAAUUUAUAAAAUGUGUGACACUUUGUCAAAAAAUCAAUAAAUUUUGUGACAUUCCGUCAAAACUUAAAAAUUGUAUUUUUUGAUCUUAGAACCAAUAAUUUUUUAAAAAAAUAUUAGUUUAAAAUCAAAAAUUGCAAAAACUUUCUUUACAAAAGAAAAAACGGCAAGAACUUUCUUUCCAAAGCAAAAAUGGCUAGAACUUUCUUUACAAAAUAAAAAAUAGCAAGAAUUUUCCUUACAAAAGAAAAAAUGGCAAGAACUUUUUUACAAAACAAAUAGUUGCGAAAACUUUCUUUACAAGACACGAAAAUGCCCAAAGAUCAAUAAAAUCUUCAAAAACUCAUUUUCAAACUUUUUAGUGUGAAUUAGUCCGCACCCGUCGUCGCAUAAUGAGCCAGCAAAUUCGUCUUCGCCGUGCCCAGGACAAGCGUUUUCAGCGUACCAACGAGCCGGAACAAGCCGACGUUAUGCCAAUUAAGCAAUGUGAAAACGAACUUCGAACCACGAAUCCAGAAGAGCUUCUAGGCGAUGCUAAGUCCAUGUGCUACUUUUGCCAAAAGUGCAAAAACCAUAACAUAUUGGUGUGGAAGAAGCAGCACAAGAAGCAGUGUCCAUUUACAAGUUGUACUUGUGAGAAAUGUGAACUGAUCGAGACUAGAAGAAGAUUAGAUCAGCAUAUGAAGAAGAGAAGAGCUGAACUGAUGAAGAAGUUGAAGCAGGAGCAAGCUGGAGUUAGUAGUGAUGACAGAAGCACACCUGUUAGUGUUGGAAGCGCGGCUUCUGCUUCGCCUAAGAGCUUCAGAUUUGGUAGGUUUGGGUUCGGGUAGGGUAGGGCAUAAUACGGUAGGGUACGUUAGGGUAAGUUAGGGUACGGUAGGGUACGAUAGGGUACGGUAGGGUACGGUAGGGUACAGUAGGGUACGUCAGGGUACGGUACGAUACGGUAGUGUACGGAAGGGUACGGUAGGGUACAGUAGGGUAUAAUAGGGUACAUUAAGGUACGAUAGAGCACGGUAGGGUAAGAUACGGCAUUAAUAAUAACCAUUAUAUACAUCUUUACAUCUCUUACCUAAACAUUUCAGACAGUCUAACUCCAGAAAAUCCACCAACUCUACUUCCACAGCCUAACUCAAUAUCAAUGGACGAGUCUUUCUCCCUACCAUCUACCGUAUUCAGUCAAGAAAACGCUCAGCCUUUAGUACAGUACAUCCCAGUUUACAUUCCUGUGUCUACCGUAGCCAAUUCUUCUGAUUCUGCUGCAUUACUGAGUAAGCUUCUGAGCAACUACAGCUUGAACCGAGAUACAGUGGACCGUGUUUUCAACCGGGAUACUGUAGAAAAUGGUCUGAAUUUGAGUACGGUAGAUAACUCAUUGAACUCUACAGUAACCCAAGGUACUGUAGAUGGCUUAAAGUCAAAUGACAUGACAGUUCAAGAGAAUUUGGCCAUGUUGUUGAACAGCUUGAACAACAUGAACAAUAUCAAGAUGUCAUCUACUGACAGAUUGAGCUUUUCGUCUAGUAAUGAUAGUAUGACAAGCGUUACUGUAGAUGGCAUGGCUUCUGGUAGCCCUGGUAGUACUUUGAGCACCAGUCCAAGUGCUAGCUCUAGUGGCUUUAUGGCUUCAGGUAGUAGUAUCAUGAACAAUAUGUCAUCUCCUACUAUCAUGAACAGCAUACCGUCUCCCAUCAAUACCAUGAACAAUAUGCCAUCUACUGCUACUCUGAUGAACAAUAUACCCUCUUCCAUCAAUAACAUGAACAAUAUGGCCUCUACCCCCACUAUCAUCAACAAUAUGCCCUCUACCCCUACUAUAUCAACGGCUAUGACCAAUACCAUCCCUUCAACUACCAAUAUCUUGAAUAAUAUGGCUUCAACAGCUUUGAACACCCCAAUCUUUGGCCAAAAUGAUGACAAAUUGGCUAGUUUCAAUAACCUAGUACAAGCUGGUAUGAUGUCAAAUGUGAAUAACAUUCAAUUGAACUGUGGCAACGUGCCAUCACUACGUGACAUUGAAAGAUUGUUGUGUUUACAGCACAGAAAUCAGACUGUUUAG